AGUGUUAUUUGGAAGGAAGCCACUCUGCUCAUCUAAGGAACUAGAGAGGUCUGAUCUCUGAGGAAGAAAACCCCUUCCAGGGAACGGAGACCCCCGAGCUAAGGGCGCAAUGGCAGCAUCAGCCCCCUUGAGGAGCCUGGAGGAGGAGGUGACCUGCUCCAUCUGCCUGGAUUAUCUGCGGGACCCAGUGACCAUCGACUGUGGCCAUGUCUUCUGCCGCAGCUGCACAGGUGAUAUCCGCCCCAUAUCGGGGAACCGACCAGUCUGUCCGCUCUGCAAGAAGCCCUUUAAGAAGGAGAACAUCCGGCCUGUGUGGCAGCUAGCCAGUCUGGUAGAGAACAUUGAACGGCUGAAGGUGGACAAUGGCAGGCAGCCGGGAGAGCUGGCCCGAGAGCCACAGGACAUGAAGUUGUGUGAACGGCACCAGGAAAAGCUGCACUACUACUGUGAAGAUGAUGGGAAGCUGCUGUGCGUGAUGUGCCGAGAGUCCCGGGAGCACAGGCCCCACACUGCAGUCCUGGUGGAGAAGGCCGCCUUGCCUCACAGAGAAAAAAUCCUGAACCACCUGAAUACCCUAAGGAGAGAUAAAGAAAAAAUUCAGGGCUUUCAGGCCAAGGGAGAAGCUGAUAUUCUGGCUGCGCUGACAAAGCUGCAGGAGCAGAGACAAUACAUCGUGGCGGAAUUUAAGCAGGGCCACCAGUUUCUAAAGAAGCGGGAACAGCACCUGCUAGACCAGCUGUCCACCCUGGAGCAACUCCUCACUGAGGGCAGGGAGAAGUUCAAGACCCGGGGCGUCAGUGAGCUUGGCCGAUUGACUCUGGUCAUCUCCGAGCUGGAAGGCAAGGCACGGCAGCCCGCCGCAGAGCUGAUGCAGGAUGCCUGCUCUACACAGGACACCAAGGACUUUGCCAAUAGGUACCCACGGAAGAAGUUCUGGAUUGGGAAAGCCAUCCCUCACAUGGUUAAAAGAAAGGCAGGAGAAUUCUCAGAUAAACUUCUCUCUCUGCAGCGAGGCCUGAGACAGUUCCAGGGCAAGCUGCUUAGAGACUUGGAGUAUAAGACAGUAAGUGUCACCCUGGACCCACAGUCGGCCAGCGGGUACCUGCAGCUUUCAGAAGACUGGAAGUGUGUGACUUAUACCAGCCAGUACCAGAGUGACUGCCUGCACCCCCAGCAGUUUGACUGUGAGCCAGGGGUGUUGGGCAGCAAGGGCUUCACCUGGGGCAAGGUAUACUGGGAAGUGGAGUUGGAGCGAGAAGGCUGGUCAGAGGAUGAGGAAGAGGGGGAGGAGGAAGAAGAAGGGGAAGAGGAGGAAGAAGAUGAGGAGGCUGGCUAUGGGGAUGGAUAUGAAGACUGGGAAACAGAUGAGGAUGAAGAAUCACUAGGGGAGGAAGAGGAGGAAGAAGAGGAAGAGGAGGAGGAAGUUCUGGAAAGCUGCAUGGUGGGAGUAGCCAAAGACUCUGUGAAGAGGAAAGGGGACCUCUCCCUGCGACCAGAGGAUGGUGUGUGGGCCCUUCGGCUCUCCUCUUCAGGCAUCUGGGCCAACACAAACCCCGAGGCCCAGCUCUUCCCAGUGCUGCGGCCCCGGAGAGUGGGCAUCGCCCUGGAUUAUGAAGGGGGCACUGUGACAUUCACUAAUGCAGAGUCACAGGAACUCAUCUAUACCUUCACGGCCACCUUCACUCGGCGCCUGGUUCCCUUCCUGUGGCUCAAGUGGCCAGGAACACGCCUCCUGCUGAGACCCUGAAUUCCAGAACCUGCCUGGGCCACACUACAGAAUCUUCAGUUCUCUGAGAUUAGAGGACUCAGAUGAAGAAGGGUUGCCUGGACCAUACCCAUGGAAACUUCCUUUCUCUGGGAUCCCAAGACUGUGUGAUGGAUGGAUGGACAUUCUUGGUCAGAGCACCAGGAGCAGGAGAGAGGAGGGACAUCACAUCCAGUUGGCACCCAUCUCCUCACAGUCAUGGCAGGAUCUCUCUCAGUGUGUCACUUCAUCUGUAUUUCUUGUUUGAACUUCUCACUCUCCUGCCCAUUUCCUCUGGGAUGACUCUCUCCUUCCUGAGAACCCAUUGUCUUGGCUCUGUGUUCUCUGUUGAGUAGGGCAGCAGCAGCAUUUUCUCAUUCAGUUGUUGUCCAGUGCUCACAGGUAUUCAAAGAGACCACCAGUGACAUCUGAAGCCAUUUGGCUGUCCUCAAAUUUGAGGUUCCUCUUACCCCAAAACCACUCUGUUGCCUACCUUCCCUGGCUUCUUAAACUCACUUUUCCUACCCCACCAGAGUUAAAUAUCUGAAGAAGCAGGAUUGAACAUAGUCAAGAUCCGAGGCUGUGUAAGUUUGUGUCCUGGAGUACUGGUGAAAUCAGCUCCUGGUGUCAUUAGCAAAGCUCAUGGCCUUCAAACCCAGAGCUGAAGAAGGGGUGGGACUCCCCAGGGCCAUCUGUAUCUCCAAAAGCAUCUUGGUACUGUGACUCAGGCAGGAGCUGUGGUCAAUAGAUUACCUCUGCAGAGUAGACCUUGUGAAGGGAGUUUUUAAAACAAUCCCAACAUCUUGUUCUUAAUCAGUGGGUCUAAAAACACGGAGGCCCAGGAAAUCACAACUACCCCUGCUUCAGAGUCUCCAGCUGGUGUCUCCAGGACAGCUUUAGGCUUCUGCUGUUGGCACCAUGGAGUGACCAGAAUCACUUUCUUAGGAGAUGGAUUGGAGAAGGGAAGACAGUCAUGAGGAAUCUGGAGAACUCCCCCCCCAGGUCUUACUGUGAGGAGAGGACCUGCAGUGUCUCCCUGUUGACCCACCACCAGCCCCUUUGUCCAGUUACCCAAUGCCCACAGUUGAACACCAGCUCCUGCUAUCCGAAAUGAUGCCCCUCUUCUUAUCCUUAAACAUUUCACAUUUCCUCUGCCUGUCCAGGUGUUAAGCUUUUCUUUGCUCUUGAGAGGCUGCUCCCAGACUCUGGAUCUUGGUGGCCGUAGAGUCACCACACUGUCUCGAGACUGAACACUUUGUCUAUAUCACGCGCUGCCUGAGUCACUAGUGCACACACAGUGGCUCCCUCACCACUCUGUUUUCCCUGGAAUUAGUCAUCGCUCUUCUCUUCCUUCUCCUUUAAUUCAUUUCCUGUGUCUUUAUUACUAAAUAAACUACAAGUUCUUUUUAGUGAUCAGCAAUCUCAAGACAGUCAUCUGGUGCUGUCUCCUUUUAUCUUGAUGCCUCUGAAGUGACCUUGAGCCCGAGUCAUCGAUUGAUUCCUUGUUAUCCUUGCUAGAUGCUCUUUUGUCAUCAGAUUGGGGGUUCUGAAUUUCCCCCUGAGGCCUCUAGCCCGGGCUAACCUCAGUCUCGUUAUGUGGCUGGCCUUAAACUUCCGGCCUCCACCUUCCAAAUUCUGAGAUUUCAGGUCGGUGCCACUAUGCCUAGUUUAUACAGUGCUGGGGACUGAACCCAGGGUCUCAUGCAUCCUAGGCAAACAUUCCCCUCAGCUACACCCCAACCCAUGAUCCUUUUUCUGGCCCCUAUGUUUCCUCUCCCAAUUGGUCACACAUUAUCUGAUAACUUGCUGAGGUGAAUGUGGAAGUCAAUUUUUUUUUAAAAUCUUAGGUAUCUAGACGUGUUUAUCUCACUUGUACACUUAAGGGAUUGGCUAUAAGAGUCUUCAAAAUAGUUUUCCUUCAGAAUGUCAGAAGAUUGCUUUACUGCCUUAAACUCCAGUUCAGAAUUCCCAUGGGGCACUCUGCCUCAUGAUCUUUCCCAGAGGCCUGUUUCUGGUUUACAGGGGGUUGGAAAUCUUAUCUAUAUCCUUACUCCACACACUAGCACAUUCCACAAUGAGUGGCAUAUUUGAACCUCCCCCCCACCCAGACACAGACACAAAACAUAUGUACAUAAAAUUAAGGGACUGGACAGGAUCUCAACAUGUAGCCCUCGCUACCCUGGAACUCACUGUGUAGACAGGGCUGGCCUCAGACUCACAGAUUUAAAGGCUUAUGCUGCUGAACCUAGGGGAAGGAAAAGUUCAAACAAACAAACAAAACACCUGGGGCAACCUAGGAAAAGAUUUUGGCUCACAGUUCUGAAGGUGCAGUCCAUGAUCAGUGGCCUCAGUGCUUUUGGCUUCUGUCAUGGCAACAUAUCCUGAUAGGUGUGCUUGACAGAGCAAGUCACACAUCUCCUCAGUUGGGAAACAGAAUGAACCAGGCUCCCAUAGUCCUCUUCUAGAGCACACCCCAGUGACCUCACCAUCCCACCCUGCAUACCAGUCAUUUAACAUGGAUUGUUCAGAGGCCUUGAACAUCAGAACUGUCACAAUAGACACAAAACACAAAGGCCUGUGGGUCACAUGCUUUAUUAGGGCAUUCAAAACCUAGAUAAAUGACCUGUGGGGGCUUUGGGCCCCACCCAGAGUUGAUGAGCUCCCAAAGCAUAUCUAGCUUUGUGUCCAAAAGUCCCUAUAAAUUAAUGCAAGCUGAACAGAGUCCUGGUUUCCCUAUAGUGAUCAUUUUGAAGCUUUUAUGGGGUUUUGUUUUUUGUUUUUUCCCUUCUAAAUCCUAUUGGCUCAUAGCUUACUGAUGUCUAGGGUGUAGCCUACCUUGCCUGCCUCUGGCUCUCCACUCAGAGGGAACACCAUGUCCACGAACAGGACUACAAGGAGCUUAAUUUACUCAACACAUCAAUUUAAAAAACACUGUACAAGAUCCCAAGACACCAAACUCCAGUCUCACUUUUGGAUGCUAGGGACAGGGCUGGGUUCCAGGGUGCUGGUGUCUGCCACACUUCCUGGUUCCACCUCAGUCGUUCUGAGUCAGGCAGGAACUUGCUUUCCAGGUGAGGUAGAGUGGAGAGGGAGUUGGCAAUUGGUGCCCUGGUAUGGGAUGUUUGCAGGGUCUCUCACCCAGCUGGUAGUCCAGGCCACAUCUACACUGUGAAGGACAGCUGUGUCCCCUGGUUCAGUACAAGUAUGUGCUAGCCAGCUGGAGCAAGAGCAUCAUGGCUCAGGUGCUGUCCUUGGUGCCCAGGGCCUAUUCUCCCCUUACCCAGGCCACCUCAGCGGCCACUCCCACGGUGCAGCUGACAAUCAGGUGGACAUUACGUUUUCGAAGAGAACCAGGCUUGGGUUUGUGAUCUGAGGGUCCAGAAUGACCACACAUACACACUUCCAGGAUGGAGCAUCGUCUAUUCGUCUAUGCUGCAUGCUUCUUAGGCCUCUAUUUCUGGAGGACAGAUGUGACAAUUCUGCCUAAGAAUUUGCUUCUUAAAGUGAGGUGGCCAGAUCAUGGCACAGUGCCUAGAAGCUUGUUAAAAGAAUCUUGGGUCCCACUCUAGACCAACCAAACAAAAGCCUGCAUUUUAACCAGGUGUCUGGAUGAUGUUUCUACAGCAAGUCGGAGUAGAGAUCAAUAAAAGAAUAGGCAAGUGCUUGUGGGAGCAAUUCAGCUCCAAUUUGAAAUUAAAUGUUAUUUUUGCUCUUCC